AACUCAUGGCAGAUUGCCUUCUGAAUGAUGGCAUGGCUGUAUCUAAGAUCCCCAUGGUCACAUUUGUUCCUGAAGCUGAAAAGACCAGGAGCUCUGUGUCCGUCUCCACGGUGCUCUGGCGGCUGUGUGGUGACGGAUGGCAACCCAGACCGCGGUGUUGACCAAACACGGCCUCAACAGAAGAGAAGGAAGAAGAAACGCCCGUCAGCCCUCAGUAAUGAACACCUGUCCUGGGAGGAGAGGCUGGCCGAUGCCGUGACCCCUCUCUGGAGGCUGAGCUACGAGGACCAGCUGCGGGUGAAGUAUGAGGCACAGAGGACAGUCCUGCUUCGGCUGUCUGCCCAGCUGGCGCAGGGAGCUGACCCGCUGUCCCCUCUGCCCUGGACCAGCGGCCAGCUGGGCUUCCCCCUGCUGCCCAUCCUGCCCUCGCCUGUCACAGAUGGGUACAGGAACAAGUCCACCUUCUCGGUCAACAGAGGGCCGGACGGCAACCCGAAGACCGUGGGCUUCUACGUGGGGACUGGGAAGGCCCGGGAUAUCGUCUGUGUCCGCGGAGACCAUCUCCAGAACAUGCCGGCCAAGCACAAGCUGGUGGCGAGGUGCUAUGAAGAGUUCAUCCGGCUCUCCCCGUUGGAGCCCUGCCUCUUGUUCCACGAGGGAGGCCACUGGCGAGAGAUAACCGUGAGGACCAACGCAGCGGGCAGCACCAUGGCCAUUGUGUACUUCCACCCUCAGCGCCUCACGCAGGAGGAGGUCUGCGCCCACAAAGCGGCCCUGACGGACUAUUUCGCUCGCGGCCCCGGGAAGGUCUGCCAGCUCGAUUCGCUCUACUUCCAGGAGAGCUCCGGGACCCGCUGCAGCCACGAGGACUCGCCAUACCAGCUCCUGCGCGGGGAGCCCCACAUCUACGAGGAGCUCCUGGGGCUGAGCUUCCGGAUCUCGGCCGACGCGUUCUUCCAGGUGAACACGGGAGGCGCGGAGGUCCUGUACCGCGCCGUCGGGGAGCGGGGCUUCGCCGAGGGGGCGGGCACCCUGCUGGACGUGUGCUGCGGCACGGGCGCCCUGGGCCUCUCCCUGUCCCGGAGGGCGCGGAAGGUCGUCGGCAUCGAGGUGGUGGAGCAGGCCGUGCGGGACGCCCGGCACAACGCCGCGCUCAACGGCGUCCCCAACUGCCGGUUCCUGCCGGGCAAGGCUGAAGAGGUCCUGCCGGGACUGGUGCCCUCUCUGGGGUCGGAGCCGGACCUGCUGGCUGUGGUGAACCCCUCCCGCGCCGGGCUGCAUUACCGCGUUACCCGGGCGCUGCGAAACUGCACUGCCCUCCGCCGGCUGGUCUACGUCUCCUGCAAGCCCGAAGGGGAGGCCAUGAGGAACUUCCGGGACCUCUGUUGUCCCCCUGACGGGCAGAAGAAGCUCACUGGGCAUCCCUUCGUCCCAACGUCCGCCACACCGGUGGACAUGUUUCCUCACACCGCUCACUGUGAGCUGCUGCUGGUGUUCGAGAGAUAGCGGACACAUCAUUCGGCAGGGGACCAGGGGGGCUUGUUCUCCAUAGAGAGAGCGAGAACAAUUGUCAAGGCCGGCAUCAGCUUCUAAAUUCUUCUUAUAUGAAUUAUUGUUGAGUGUUAUUUCUGUUUGUGAUGUCUUCAUUUUUACGCCUGCACCAAUCAGCUCAUUCGUUGAAGCUUUAUUGCAAAGGCGUUUGCCCGUUUUUCAGAACUCGAAUUGGGCAAUGAUAUUGUAUUGUCAGUGACUUCUGCCCAAGUACCUCUUGGUUGAACAUGGAAUAACAGUCAAUAUUAAAAUUAGAAAUCUAACAAUUUCCACAUAUAUUCCACUAAAUAUUUGGUGUCAUUGAUAAAUAUGAAUUGUUUAAUAAAAAAUAUAGCAAACCUAUAAGGAAAAACUCUAAUCUGAUUCUUUUGUAUACUCUGAAAUGCCUAAGCAUCAGAUAUUUUGGAGCCAGUGUUUCGGCACCCUUGGGAGGAUGAAACCUCUACCAAUGUCUCUUGGAUGUUGAGACAGUUCAGGUAGAAUUUCUGGAUCUGAAUGAGGUACAAUCCAGGUUUAUUCCAAUAUGUCAUCACAAAUAUUGACUGUGUAUAAAAAAAAUUAACAUAAUUAUCAUCAUAUAGAGUCCUUAAAGAUGAAUUUAAUACUACUAAUAAUAAAUACUUUGCUACUUAAUAGUUGAUAAUUUCCCUAAUGUACUCCAUUGAUUUGUACUUAACCCCUGUUAAAUUCAUGGUAAGCAAGGUAUUUGCACACUAGGGGGCGUUAGCCUACUAAGUGUUGAUUUUAAUUUGUUGAAUGGUGCUUAGUACUGUAAUAAUUGCAUAUUUUUCCUUUAUAGCCCUUUAUCAGCAGAUGUUCUACAUAAUCAUGCAGUCUACUAUCUACUACUAUCUUUUGUGUUUAUGGCCUCUUCUUCCAGGAAAACAUAAUGGCUCUGUAAAACAGCUCAAUUUCAGCCUUGUGUACAUUUUUAAACUCUCAAUUGGGAAAGACUGUAUUGGCUAGGACAACUGAAAUUUACUUUCAAUUGAAAUCAUUAUCUCAAGAAUGUAUUUCCUUGUUUCUAGACACUGAGUACCUUCUACGCAGCACAAGGAUGCAUGGAUGAUACAUUCAUACCCGAGACAAAAAUGUCUUCUUAGUGUCCAGAAGAAACAUAUAUCAGCUGAUUUCGCAGCUCUUACUCUGCAUACAUUACACUGUGCUAAGUCAACUGGAGAAGAGCCAACAUACAUUGAAAAGCAUGGAAAUGUUAUAAAGCCAAGUUAAUGUGAAGGAUGCAAGUCACCAUAAUAGAAAUUGUGCUUUAUGUGUGCUUAUUGAACGUCAGGGGUUCCCAUGUUGCUUUCAGCAUGGUAUGACAAACAGAGGUGACUUCAGUUCAACUUCUGUAACAGUUUGUACUUAGUUGCAUAAUAGGAGGUGCUGUUGAAGGUUAUUGGCAUCGCCAGCCACAGCUCUGCUGGCUCCCUCAUCAGCUGACACACGCUUGUCUAGAAAAAAAACAUAAUUACAAAAUUAUUUGUUCUGCAAGGGCAAGACAGUUAUGUGUACAGGCACACAUACAGUCACAUAGAGGCAUGCAUUUAUCAUCUGAAAUUGAGAAUUUGGUCUACUUGUUAGCUCUUUGAAAUGUCGUGCUCGCGUUGGAAGUAUCAGAGAGAGAAAGUUUCUGUAUCUUUUCGUGCUCAUUGCUAAAGAUGUCUUGUAAUUCUAUUUAUGGUCUCCAAAGAUAUCUUCAGUUUAAAAAGCUCUAUGGAUUCUCUCCAGAUACUUAAUCAGCCACCUGGUGGGACACUGACUAGAAACUGGUGAAGUUUGUCCGCUCACUUUAACAUGUUUUUGUAAAAUUAAACACAAGCUGGCAACUUUGGCAGGAAGCGCUAGAGUACACUGUCACACAAAGUCUAUUUCUGGAGCUGACAAAGCACAGGUGGCUCUGUUUGUUUUCUGAGUAAUCUGAGAUCAGGGGUGAGGAGAGAGUGGAGAAUAGAAAAAGUGUUCACUUUUGUUUUUUUCCUUUUGUAAGGUUGCCACCUUUGCCUUCACAUUGGAUCUAACUGGUCUGAUCUGUAUAAUACAUCAUGUAAUUGCAUUUGCUGUUGUGUGUUGUGUUACAGUAUUGAUUAGUGCGUUAUUUUAUAUGCUCAUAAAACAUACACAUGUGUUGAGCAGAAGGGCAUAGGCUCCCAAACUCUAAUUAGCUAAGGGCUCACUGAUCUGCUUUGUCAGCUGAAUCGCUAAUGGAAAACUUUUUAAAACCGAUUUAAAUAUUCAUCAUAUCAUUAAAGAACCUCCCCAAAUUGGUAGAAAAACAACCCAAGGACAGUGCAGUAUUAUUAAAGUUAUAUUGUGUAAUUGUAUCUCCCUAUAUGUCACAGUAUUAUUCAACUGUGGUGGAUUAAAAUUUCACUGAUAUUAUGAUAAACUGUGAUACACACUGUUGGUACUGCUGGUAAGGUACAUGAAAGAAAAGAACACAAGUGUACAAAUACAAUAAAUGCAAACUUAUUGUA